UCCAACUAGAAUACAAAAGCUAUUACAAUGCUCUAAAAAAAUCUAACAUAAACUCUAAACUCACAACUCCAACUCUUCUAUUACCAACCAAGCACGCCUUUCUGUUUCUCUCCAUCCUGUUCUUUCUCUUUCUCUCAUGGCUAGUGAUAAUCAAGAAACAUCACGUGCAACGCACAUGCAAUAUUAUACAGAUGACGACGAUAGCGAGAACGGAGGAGGCGGUGGCGGAGAAGAGGAGGAAGAAGAUGAAGGAGAGGAAGAGAGCACGCGCGAUUGCAGAAAUACCCUUUUCAUGUGCGGUGCUGGUCUUGUUCCUAAACGAAGUGGUGGGUGGUCUUUAGGGCAAGUUUUGGACCCUAGAGCGAAAUGGGUUCAAGAAUGGAAUAGGGGUUUUCUUCUUGUUUGUGCUACUGGGCUUUUUGUUGAUCCCCUCUUCUUCUAUGCUCUCUCUGUUAGUGAUACUUGCAUGUGCCUCUUCAUUGAUGGAUGGUUCGCCUUAACUGUAACGGCUCUCCGGUGCAUGACUGAUGCCUUGCACGUAUGGAACAUGUGGCUGCAGCUUAAAAUGGCCAAAAAACCAUCUAUUGGAGGUGGUAUCGGUGGUGAUUAUGGAGAUAGAAGUGGACCACGGUUUAGUAGCCCUAGCUCAGUGGCCCUGAGAUACUUGAAGGCAAAGAAAGGAUUUUUCUUUGAUCUGUUUGUUAUUCUUCCUCUCCCGCAGAUUAUAUUAUGGGUGGCAAUUCCCUCGUUGCUGGAAGGAGGAUCAGUGACUGUAGUGAUGACAAUAUUUUUGAUCAUAUUCCUCUUCCAAUAUCUUCCAAAAAUCUACCACUCGGUUUGCCUCCUUCGACGAAUGCAGAACCUCUCUGGCUACAUUUUUGGAACUGUUUGGUGGGGAAUUGCCCUUAACAUGAUUGCUUACUUUGUUGCAUCUCAUGCAGCAGGUGCAUGUUGGUACUUACUAGGAAUACAAAGGACUGCAAAAUGUCUGAAAGAAAAAUGCAGAGAAACACAGGGUUGUGGGUUGAGGUUAUUGUCUUGUAAAGAACCCAUUUACUAUGGAACAGCUAGCAAGGUGAGAGAUGGAGCAAGGCUGGCAUGGGCAGACAACAAGGUAGCUAGGGCUACAUGCUUAGACAGUAGUGAUAAUUAUGACUAUGGAGCCUAUAAAUGGACUGUUCAGCUUGUUACAAACGGGAGUAGAUUGGAGAAAAUACUAUUCCCUAUCUUUUGGGGCCUAAUGACCCUGAGCACUUUCGGCAACCUGGAGAGCACAACAGAAUGGUUGGAAGUUGUUUUUAACAUCAUUGUCCUGACUAGUGGACUCCUUUUGGUCACCAUGUUGAUAGGAAAUAUAAAGGUUUUCUUGCAUGCAACAACAUCAAAGAAGCAAGCAAUGCAGUUGAAGAUGAGAAAUAUAGAAUGGUGGAUGAGGAAAAGACGCCUGCCUCCAGAGUUCAGGCACCGUGUUCGUAACUACGAGCGGCAGCGCUGGGCAGCAAUGCGCGGAGUCGAUGAAUGUGAGAUGAUCAGAAACCUCCCUGAAGGACUUAGGAGGGAUAUCAAGUAUCAUCUGUGCCUCGAUUUGGUUAGGCAGGUACCACUUUUCCAACAUAUGGAUGACCUAGUCUUAGAGAACAUCUGUGACCGUGUGAAGUCCCUCAUUUUCACAAAAGGAGAAACAAUAACAAGAGAGGGAGACCCUGUGCAAAGAAUGCUAUUUGUAGUAAGGGGUCACCUACAGAGUAGCCAAGUGCUUAGAGAUGGUGUGAAGAGCUGCUGCAUGUUAGGGCCUGGAAAUUUCAGUGGAGACGAGCUGCUAUCAUGGUGUCUGAGACGACCCUUCAUCGAACGCCUACCACCAUCUUCAUGCACUCUAGUGACCCUCGAGACAACAGAGGCAUUCGGGCUGGAAGCUGAAGAUGUGAAAUAUGUGACGCAGCACUUCAGAUACACAUUUGUUAACGAAAGAGUGAAGAGAAGCGCAAGAUAUUAUUCACCUGGGUGGAGAACUUGGGCAGCUGUGGCAAUUCAGUUGGCUUGGAGAAGGUAUAAGCAUCGACUGACACUUACUUCACUGUCAUUUAUAAGGCCUAGAAGACCAUUAUCAAGAUGUUCUUCCUUGGGAGAGGAUAGGCUUAGGCUUUAUACUGCUCUGUUAACUUCGCCAAAGCCAAAUCAGGAAGAUUUUGACUUUUGAAAAGUUUGAAAUAAUAGUAAUAAUAUUGAUAGUAAUAACAAUAAUCAUAUUAAUAAUAUGUGUGGAUUAUAAAAUUA